UGCUAUUUUGUUUGUUUAUUUCUGAAUUUCAAUUGCUCGCAGCAAUCAAAGUCAGUGUGCGCUGAUACCGUUGUAAACAUGCCGGUGGUGGAUCUAAGAGUUGACCGGAGCCUUCUCUGCCCCAACUUCGAUGGCUACAAGCUCUCGUUCGACCCGGUGCCGGUCAUCCAGCAGGACCUCCUGGCCACGCCACCGCUCAAGCUGCUGCCACACUCCGAUCAGUACUCGCUUCUGCACGCAGAGGCCUUUGGCAGGCACAACAUGCUCUGCCCCGAUCCCUGGCUGCGCGAGAACUGCUACUACGUAAACAAGAGCCGGCAGGUUGUCCUGUGCUCAUACGAUGGCCAGGAUGGGAGGCCGCGCCAGCAGCGGGUGGUCCACACCGUGGAAGAGAAGGAUCGUGGCGAUGGCUACCAGCAGUCGGGCGGAGCCUACAACUACACGCUGCGCUUCGUCUCGGAAAAGUACUGCGUGCUUUGCGAUGGCAUUACAAUGUAUUAUCUCUUCGACACCGGCGAUCGUUCGCGGGCCAGCUCCACCGCGUCCUGGCAGCUACUCACCAGUACGCAGAUUAACCAGGAGAGCGCUAAUCGUGGCUUUGUGUUGUACGAUGCUCGCCUGGACGUUAUCCAGGAGCGCAAACAGAUUUCCCUGCUGGCCGGCCAUGUGGGACGUCGGGUGUCGCCGCGUUCCGAUCAUGCCGAUACAUUCUUCAUGGACCUAACCUGGGGCUGCUGGACACAACAGCCAAUGCCCAGCGACGCGUGGUCGUACAGUGUUCGCGAGGAGCUAGACACGCCUGGAUCCAUCUACUAUUGUGCCUUUGAGCCGCGUGCCGAAUCCGUGGUCUUCUCCACCAAUCGCGACCUGCUGACAAAAUCCCAACGUGCAGCCGCAGUCUCCGCUGCAGCGCAGCCAGCCGCACAGAAUGGCGAGGAUGUGGAAAUUGCGGCUACCCCACCAUACACCUGGACGCAGACAGACGAGGAUGUGCUGAUCCGCUUCCGCCUGCCCGCAGGGGCCACGCGCAAUGAUUUCAACAUUCGCAGCACCAGCCAUCAAUUGGAGGUGGAGUGCCUGGCAGAGAUUCUCUUGACUGGAGCACUCUAUGCCAACGUAGACAGUGACCUGACCACCUGGACGAUAGAGGCCGAUUCCUUACAGUUGACGCUGGUCAAGGAGCUGCAGCAGAGCUGGCCACAUCUGCUCUCGGACGAUGAGAGCGCCCCUCCAGAGGGCGAGGCGAAUGUAGACCCACUACCAGAUCGCUCGCUGCCGAUACCAAAUCUGGAGGAUCCCAUCGAGGACUGCGACUUAGGACUUCCCGAUGUAGACGUUAAGCUGGUGCGCUUUAAUUUGGAAGCCAGAGAGAUAACCCACACAAUUUUCUUGGGAUCGACGCCGCCACUCUUUACAACGUCGCUGCGUGCCGGCUUUCCGGCCGCCUUUGCCACAAGGCAGGGCGUAGAUGCCUCGUUGUGGCUGCAGGUGUUCCAGCCGGCCAAGCCGACCGAGUGGACCGUGCGCCAUGAGGGAAAUCUGCACGCCUUCGCAUAUGUGCAGGCGUCCAAGGAGCAACGCAAGUUCACAGACUGCUGCCCCGACCUAGACUACGCUGUGAUCUGCGAGGGACUCCGCCACGUGCUUAUCUACAAAUCACGCUACGACUCGGCAGGAGGGCUGCGAAAGCGCAACGGUCCACAGGUGGUUAUUGGGAAACAGCAUAUGGUCUCCAUCAGCGACGAGGUGGGGGAAAUACUGGGCCUCUCCACAGCCAGAAAUGUGAUUACUAUCCUCACCGAAAAAGCAGUCCUGUACUUGCAGGUUUGAAAAUGAUAAUACCAUCUGACCAUGUAUAAUUAAUUGAAGUUUUUUUUAUUAAAAUGCAUUUCUCGGCCAUAAAA